AAUUGAAUCAGAAUGAAAUAAAAGAAACGAUAUCAUAUUAAUCCUAUAUUAAGUAAUCAUUGUUAAGAUACGGAACAAUGAAGUUUUCAUUUCAACAUAGGGCAUUUUAUUGCUAUCUUGGAAUGAGUGUAUGGAUAUUUUUCUUGAUAACAGUUGUAUAUAAGUACAUAUCAGUAGGAGAAGAAACAGCAGCUGUAAAGAUAGCACCCCAGGAGUACAUAUCAAAGAGUGAUGCUAAAUUUAAAAAAAUAUUCCUUAGAGCGUGUAAUCCAGCAGACAGUAUAGUUCGAGGAACAGAAGGUGUUGUUGACAGUGAGACAUGGUUACUGCAAGGUAUAUUAGUCCUAACAAGGCAUGGAGACAGAGGUCCUCUAACACAUCUUAAGGGUGGUGACAAGCUGCCCUGCGAUACUGUACCUGUUUCAACACUUCUCAAAAGUUAUGAAGAAUUUGUGUCUAAUGCGAGUGUGGGUGGUCGUGCAUGGUGGGUGUCAGGCCCCGGACCUUUCCACAACUUCCCCUCGCUGCCGCCUCGCACCGCCGCCACGCGCUGUGCUCUCGGUCAGCUCACGCACACAGGACUGUUGCAGAUGCUCACCGUUGGUAAUAUAUUACGAGAGGCGUACGGUGAUAGAUUAGGUCCUGAUAUGGAGUUGUCUGGCAAAAAGGAAACGGGCGUGGCAUACACAACGCGGUACAGACGUACGUUCCAGUCGCUUCAGGCUGUAGCUUGGGCCAGCUCCGGUAACGCGGCGGCGGCGCGCGAGGCGCACAGCGUCGCAUUCUGCUUCAGAGACUGCGCGUGCGCAGCGCAGCAUGUAUUGGCUAGGAAAAUAAAUACCCAGUUAAAAACAAGAUUAGAAUCUCACCCGGUGAUAAAAGAUCUGAUUAUAAAAUUAUCUAAAGUAUUAUUCGAAUCACAGGAACAUAUAGAUGCGGAUGUUGUUAGAGAUGCAUUGUUGGCAUACGUGUGUCAUGAGGCUCCGUUGCCUUGUGUUGGGAAAAAGAAAUCACCAACAAAAGAUAAAAUUAUUCUGAGAAAAAAACAAAAUAACUAUCGUGAAAAUAAUCUUUCUUCUAGAAAUUUACUAGAAGUUGAUAUAGACACGUUGAAUAUGGAAUUAGACUACAUCAACAAUCAAUUAGAUUUUAAUAAUGAAGUCGGCAGAAAAGCAAGAGAUAUUAUUGGGAAAUAUUACGAUAGUAAAGAUAGAAAAGCUCCUUUAGAUUUUGAUGCGCAAAUGGAAAGAGAAAAACUACUUUAUUACCAACAAAGAUACUUAGAUAAUGCUGACGGUUACGAAGACGUUGUUAUAGUCAAAAAAAAUUUGGAUGCAGAUUUUAAUUUUCCCAACGAUGCACGAAUGGAUACCGAUUUCGAUGAAGACUAUAGAGAACCAACACCAGAGAAUAAUGAGGACUUUUGCAUACAAAAAGAACAUGUGAUGUCCCUUUUCGCAUACCUAGAAUGGAGUUAUAAACAAGAUAUGAAAAAUUUGCACAACAGAAGACGUGGUUUACUUCACGCGUAUGGUUUAAUACACAAUAUAGUACAAAAUAUGAUUCGUAUGAUAUCAGAGAAUAAACCAAAAUAUGUUCUGUAUUCGGGACAUGAUAAGACAUUGCAAGCUUUAAUACUAGCUUUAGGUCUAAAUAGUUACCAACAUUACAACAUUCAGUACGCUUCGAGAAUGAUCUUUGAAGUGUACAGAAAGAAGGAUUUACGCGAUGAAUUUAAAUUAACUAAAAGGAAAGCUAUCGCUCAAGAUUUUUUUUUCCGCGUCGUUUAUAAUGGUGAAGAUGUAACAAAUAAAUUAAGUUUUUGUAGGAAUAAACAAAAUAUUAUUAUGAAAAUUGUUGAUCCAGUAAAUAAUAUUAAAAUAUACAACACAUAUCUUUGUCCAAUAGAAAAUAUCGUUCGGUUUAUUCACGAUGAUUAUUUUGCCAGUUUUAAUGCAAGUAAUUUUAAAGAUGCCUGCUCUAUAUACGGAACUGGUAAACACGUGAUUUGAAACAAUCAUGGCCGCUGUUGCAUAGAUAAAAAAAUUGUAAAUAUCAAAUGUUGCCAUAUAAAAUAAUUUUUCGUCUAUCG